CGUUCUGUUAUUUACUGUCAGCUGUAUGUAGCUGUAACCUGUUGUGCCUCAUUAAAAGUGGUUUCACUGUUCAGCAUCACGUCUCCUUCAUUUCUACCUGUACUCGCCUCGCUACCCAGUCGCCACCUGAAUCGACCUACAGCCCGAGUGUUCACAUCUGCGCUGAGGUUGCGUGGUCCAGGUUUUUGAGAAUGAGUUCACUAAGGAUGAGCUGCACACGUCUCCAGAUUCCCAUUGUACUCGUGACUUUGAACUCAGAAAGUGAAACAUUUGGAGGAGCUGCUGAAGGCUGCAUCGAGUGAAAGUGUGGAGAGAAAUAUAAAGUUUUAAAGAAAAUCACGUGUGAUGGAGGGUGCGAGACCAGAUUCACCUGAGCCCAGCUGUGUCACCAUGAAGAGCGACCAGUCAAUGGUACUACCACUUAACUUUAAAGAUGGAGGAUGUUCUACUGAUCUGAGUGUGACGGAGGGUACGAGACCAGAUUCACCUGAACCCAGCUGUGUCUCCAUGAAGAGCGACGAGUCAAUGGAUCCUUCAUCUAACUUUAAAGAUGGAGGAUGUUCUACUGAUCUGAGACCACAAAAGAAGAAAUUAAAUGUUACUUACAGAGAUCAGCUGGAAUCCAUAUUUAAGGAACUGGAGCUCAAAGUCAUCAACAUAGUAAAGAAUGAGCUAAACACGUUUAAAAAGCUCCUGAAUGAAGAUUACCCAGCUUGCUCUGAGCAGGAGGUGAAGGAUGUAGAAGAUCUGAAUAGUUUCAGAGAGGGGGCGCUAAAGAUCACACUGAAUGUUCUGAAGAUCAUGAACCAGACAGACCUCGCUAACACCCUGCAGAGUAAACUAUUAGUCUCUGUACAUCAGAAAAAACUCAAAUCAAACCUGAGAGAGAAAUUUAAAAGAAUUAACGAAGGAAUCUCCCAGCAUGGAAGCUCAGCACUUCUGAAUGAGAUCUACACAGAGCUCUACAUCACAGAGGGUUGGAGUGGAGACGUCAAUAAUGAACAUGAAAUCAGACAGAUUGAAGCAGCAUCCAGGAGACCAGCAACACAGGAGAAACCCAUCAAAUGCAGCGACCUCUUUAAAGACACGUCCAUCAGAACUGUGCUGACUAAAGGAAUCGCUGGAAUUGGAAAAACAGUCUCAGUGCAGAAGUUCAUUAUGGACUGGGCUGAAGGAAAAGCAAAUCAGGACGUCAUCUUCAUAUUUCCACUUCCUUUUAGAGAGCUGAACUUGAUGAAGCAGAAAAACCUCAGUCUGAUGGAACUUCUUCAUCAGUUUUUCCCAGAAGUAAAAGACCUACCAUCAUUAAACUGUGAUACUUAUAAAGUUUUGUUCAUCUUUGAUGGUCUGGAUGAGUGUCGACUUCCUCUAGAUUUUCAAAAUAAUGAGCGAUUGUGUAACAUAACAAAGUCAGUAAAAAUGGAUGUGCUGCUGACAAACCUCAUCAAGGGGAACCUGCUUCCCUCUGCUCACCUCUGGAUCACCACUCGACCAGGAGCAGCCAAUCAGAUCCCUUCUCAGUGUGUAGCCCAGGUAACAGAGGUACGGGGGAUCAGUGACCCUCAGAAAGAGAAGUACUUCAGGAAGAGGAUCAGUGAUGAGAACCUGGCUAGUAAAAUCAUCAGUCACAUAAAGUCAUCAAGAAGCCUCUACAUCAUGUGUCACAUUCCAGUCUUCUGUUGGAUCUCAGCCUCUGUUCUAGAGAGAAUUCUGGAUGGAGCUGAGGGGAAAGAGAUCCCCAAAACUCUGACUCAAAUGUUCACUUACUUUCUGAUCUUUCAGAUAAAACACAAGGAACAAAAGUACCAUGGGAAAUCUGAUCCUGAUCCACACCAGACCAGAGCGACGAUACUGGCACUGGGGAAACUGGCCUUCCAACAGCUGAAGAAAGGAAACCUGAUCUUUUAUGAAGAAGACCUGACAGAGUGUGGCAUUGAUGUCAAAAACACAUCAGUGUACUCAGGAAUCUGCACCCAAAUCUUCAAAAAAGAGGCUGGGCUGCACCUGGGUCAGGUCUUCAGCUUUGUGCACCUGAGUGUUCAGGAGUUUCUGGCUGCUUUAUAUGUAUUUCUCACCAUCAACAACAAAAACAGAAAUGUGCAAGUGAUGCAAAACACUGGAUUCUUUAACAUCUUUAGAAACUAUACAAACAUGUCUGACUUUCUGAAAAGUGCAGUGGACAAGGCCUUACAGAGUAAAAAUGGACACCUGGAUCUUUUCCUCCGCUUCCUCCUGGGUCUCUCACUAGAGUCCAAUCAGAUGCUCUUACGAGGCCUACUGCCACAAACAGGAAGUAGCUCUUACAACAAAGAGGAUACGGUCAGGUACAUCAAGGAGAAGAUCAGUGAAAAUCCCUCUCCUGAGAAAUCCAUCAAUCUGUUCCACUGUCUGAAUGAACUGAAUGAUGAUUCUCUAGUGCAGGAAGUCCAAAAAUACCUAAACAGAAGAGUUUAUGUUAAUCAGGAUGGACUCCGUCUCUCUCCUGCUCAGUGGUCGGCUCUGGUCUUUGUGUUGCUGAACUCAGAUCAGGAGCUGGAUAAGUUUGAUUUGAGUAAAUAUUAUCCAUCACAUGAAGGUCUUUUGAAGAUGCUGCCAGUGGUGAGAGAAUCAAGAAAAGCUGAGUUGACUGGUUGUAAUUUAACAGAGGAAAGUUGUGACGUUCUGUCCUCAGUUGUCAGUUUAAACUCCUCCAGUCUGAAACAUCUGAACCUGGGUAACAAUAAACUGAAGGAUUCAGGAGUGAAGCUGCUCUCUGCUGGACUGGAGAAUCCACACUGUAAACUGGAGAUACUAGAGUUGUGGAAUUGUGAUCUAACAGAGGAAAGUUGUGAAGUUCUGUCAUCAGUUCUCAGUUUAAACUCCUCCAGUCUGAAACAUCUGAACCUGAGUAAGAAUGAACUGAAGGAUUCAGGAGUGAAGCUGCUCUCUGCUGGACUGGAGAAUCCACACUGUAAACUGGAGAUACUGGAGUUAAAUUGCUGCAGUAUUACAGAUGAAGGUUUUACUGCUCUGGCUUCAGUUCUGAAAUCAAAUCCAUCAUCACGUCUGAGAAAACUGCAACUGAGCGACAAUGAUCCAGGAGAAUCUGGAGUAAAACUGCUCAAAGAUCUACAGGAGGAUCCACAAUGUAACCUGGAAGAGCUACACCUCAGAAACACAUAUUGGAUGAUAAGUUGAAGAUGAAGAGCAGUGGAGAUAAACACCAUCUAUCAUCUUCACAGUGGGAUUCUACAUGGUGACACUUUGUUCAGCUUCUUUAUGCUUUAAUCUGUAAUUUGUCAUGACAUCACUUCCUGUACAAGAUCAACACUCUCAAACACAUCCUGAAGUGCUGCUGGAUAAUAUUGGAGAGUCCUUCAGGUUACUGGUACCAUCCACAUUAAUCUGGUACAGGUGAGUUAGAAGCUGUGAAACGAAGUAAGGGUCCUUGAGGACUGCUUUAGAAAACCCUGCAUUAGAUUGAUGCAUUAGCCUGCUGUUCACUAUCUGCCCUGUAAUGAAGAAGUUUAAAGCUACUGGAGAUGUUGAGAUUCUGCCUGGAGGAGAACAUGAGGAGGAUUACACAAGUGGCCAGAGAAUCUCAAAGGAUCUUCACUGGGAAAUUACAGAUGUUAGUGAGGUCUCAAGGUCAGAACAUUUCCAUUUCCAUUCUACAUUUCCAUUUACAUUUUCGGCAUUUAGCAGACGCUCUUAUCCAGAGCGACUUACAGAAGUGCUUUCAUAGUAAACAUUUCAUUACUCUAGUUUAAGUAAACAACAGUCCAAGAACACAAAUCUGCUGAAACCCUGAUAGAACCAAAGUUUUUUUUAAUAGAAAUAAAAAAGAAAUAAGAGUGUUAGUAAGUAAGUACAAGUCAGCUUAAGUGCUCAGUAUAUAUAGUAUACAUAACCACAAGAUGUUUAGAGGGCUGACUGAAAAAAAUGUCUCUUCUGUAUGAUUCUCAUCCUGGAACGUUCCAAUGGACCUUGUUGAAUAGUCAGAACAGACCUAAAAAGACAUCAAACAGUAGAGGUCCUGGGUUGAGUGGUACAUAAUUCCCUUUUUUGCAAGUCCAAAUCUGACCAGUUUUGUACAGACUAUUACCCACAAUCCAUUGUGAUCAUGUGAUGUUUCUACCAGUAACAAGUGGGUUUUUGGAAUUGUGUAUAUUGUAUAUUAUGAGACAUUUUUAUUCCCAAAAAUAUAUAUAUUUCCAGUACAUUAACCACUAGGCUAUUUAACCAUAAAUGUUUCAUUGUGAAUCCACUAUGUUGGUCUGCGUUGUGCAUUUGUAUUUGAAUACACUGCUGCAGGGUUUAGAGUGUUCAGUAUUUGUUUUGAAACUGGUUUAUGGGAACUGGGUGAGUUCCCUGUUGGUAAAUAAAUAAAUUGUGCAAGUUCAAAAUUUACAAAGCAAACUGACUAAAGCAAUUUAGUACAACA